CUCGCCAUUGGCUGCGGUCGCAGUCCCACGGGGGAAGGGGGGGGGCGCGCUCCCGCUUUGCCGCGCGCGCCAAGAUGGCGGCGGCCGCGCGCUGAGGGCUUUUGGGGGAGAAGCGGAACGAUGGCGGCGGCGGCGCUGAGGCGGCAGGCGCGGGGCCUGCCCUCCCGCCUCGCUCGCGGCAUCCUGACCCGCCCGGCGCCGCCCCGGCCCCGCGGGCCGCUGCCGCGCACGCCGUGGACGACGCGCGGGCCGCCGCCCGAGGAGCUGUGGCGGCUGUCGGAGCGGCCGUCGCCGCGAGAGCAGGUGGAGCUGGACGUCGUCACUUACGCCGGGAGGCAGCACUUCGUGCCGGGGCUCGCCCGGCCGCGCUUCCCGCCCUGGGACCGCGGCUGGCGCGACCCCUGGCACUCGCUGGGGCCGCGCUACGAGGAGAUGCCGCUGUACAAGGAGCGCGGCUGCUUCAUCUGCCACCAGCGCGUGAAGCUGCUGGAAGGAGUUCGGCAGGCGCAGUGGCUCACCAAGACAAAGCUGGUAGAAGGCUUACCUCCAGCUGUGCUCAGCAUCGUGAAUGACCCAGCUCACCAGCUUGAGGGCUUCGAGGAGAGGGUGAAGCAUGCGAUUUCACACGCACGGUUCUGGGACACGACAGAAGCUGCUCCCAGGAGAGAACAUUAUUGCCCAGUACUGUUUGAAGACUUGAUACAUGUAUGUCGGUUAAUGUCUGCGAAGUAUCCUUCUCUGACUAAAAGAAUGUUGGCUAGAAACUACAGGAUAGCAGCUACAUGGGAAAGAGAAUCCAUCCUCCUUCAGGUCCGUGGCCUGAAUGGAGUACUUAUGAACUCUAUGACCCCAAUACCACCAGUAGCCUCCAAGGAGGAGGUACUUGCCACUGAAAAACAUGUUCUGGAGACCUUCUAUCCCAUCUCCCCUACAAUUGAUCUUCAGGAAGUGAACGUAUACAAAGAGCUCAACCAUACAGGUUUUAGAGAUGGUUAUCCGUACUCUCAUCCUCACACUCUGUUCUUCCUGGAAUCGGCCAACAUUCGUCCUAACAGGUUCAGACCAGAACAACUUCGUGCUAAAAUGCUGAUGUUUGCUUUUGGCAACGCGCUGGCAAAGGCUAAGGUGCUGUAUGGGAAUGAUCCCAAGGUCUUGGAGCAGCCAGUAGUGGUGCAAAGCGUUGGCACAGAUGGCCAGCUCUUCCAGUUCAUGGUGUUCCAGUUAAAUACAACAGACCUUGUCUCUAACGAUGGAAUAAAAAAUCUAGUCUGGAUUGACUCUGAUCAGAAUCUGUAUGAAAAAGCCCAGUGUAUUCCAGAAAUCAAGAAGAGAGUUGUUACGAAGCCCGCUGGAAUAUACGGCUUUCAGCCAGACACAUUCAAGAAGUUUCUGGCACUGUAUCUGCAUGGAACUGUGUGAAAUUCAGCUCAAAUGAAAAUACUUUACCAACUGUACCUGCUGCUUCUCUUUGCCAGAACUAUCACAUAAUUAAAGGUGGAUUAAUUUACUUUCAAAAAUAAAUUAUAUUGUUACUGAAAGUAAAAUUUUUUUAACACUAAA